UAACGUUUGGUUUGGUUUGGUUUAGUUUAGUUUCGUUUCGUUUAGUUAACCUCCGCGUUACAGCUCUGAAAUGAGUCGGAUAUAUGACAACACAGCGUUACAAAAUAAACCGGUUCAUAACGAGAAAUUGUCUUCUUCGUGGGAGCCAUCUGUCUAUCAGAGUGGCCGUGGAGUGAUUUUAGAGGGGACGUUUGUUGAUGUGUCUCGCCAUGCACUUACCGACAUCAACAAUAAAAAGGUGCGCUAUAACGUCCUGUACGUCAAGCCAAGUCAAAUCCACUGCAGAAAAUAUGAUUCCAAGGACAAUGAGAUCAAGCCCAACUUCAGUGAAUCCAGAAAAGUCAACACAGGUUAUCUUAUGUCAUCCUACAAAUUGGAGGCAAAAGGUGAAUCAGAUCGUCUUACUGAGGAACAGCUGAAGGGCUUAGUGAACAAAAAGGAACUGCUUAGUAUCACACAGAAGCAUUGUCCCAACCAAGCCUUUGCAUUCUGGAUCUUGGAGGCUGAAAUGGAGAAGACAGAGCUGGAGAUAGGUCAAGAUAUCCGCUUAAAGACUAAAGGAGAUGGUCCCUUUAUCUUCUCUUUUGCCAAGUUAGAUGCUGGCACUGUGACAAAGUGCAAUUUUGCAGGAGAUGGGGCAGCUGGGGAAUCAUGGACAGACAAAAUAAUGGCAAACAAAGGAGAUGCGGCAAGUGAAGCGAAGCCAGCUGCACUGGGUGACAGGGCUGAGGAGGAUGAGUGGGAUGACUGACCAUGACACAGAAUACCUGCAGUAAAAUUGUGGCAAGCAUUUUACUUUAUACACCCAAAUAUACUUUAUACUGUAAACUCUGAUUUGUUGGUAUAAACAUUUUUUAUGUACAGUAGUAAUAAAUGACAUUUUAUUAAUAAUA